GGCGGCGGCCGGACCGGGAGCGCGGCUGCGGCUGCGGCUGCGGCGCGGAUGUCAUGUGGCCUGUGCUUUGGACCGUGGUGCGUACCUAUGCUCCCUAUGUCACGUUUCCUGUGGCCUUUGUGGUCGGGGCUGUGGGUUACCACUUGGAAUGGUUCAUCCGGGGAAAGGAUCCCCAGCCUGCGGAGGAGGAGAAGAGCAUCUCUGAGCGCCGGGAGGACCGCAAGCUGGAUGAACUGCUAGGCAAGGACCACACCCAGGUGGUGAGCCUUAAGGACAAGCUGGAAUUUGCCCCUAAAGCCGUCCUGAACAGAAACCGCCCGGAAAAGAAUUAACGAAAGACACAGAGCCCUGUGGGCCCUUGUGGGCCACCACCGGCCCUGCCACCAUGUCUGCGCCGCUCCAGAACCCACAUCUGAUUUGCUUUAUGGCUUAUUCUGGCCCCUCGCGUACCACCCGGCCAGGCAGACGUGUGAGCAGCGGAGGGGCCGGUGAAGAGGAAGGCCCUUGAGGGUGCUGCUGGCCUGAAGGCUCAUCUGUCAGGCUUCUGCUCGUCGGGCGCACGGCUGGGAGGACUGUCAUGAAAUGAAUGACGGCUGUCUGUUUCUUUGGGGAGGCCCCCCUGGCCUCACGUGGGAGCGGCUGGGGUUGGGGUGCUGCCUUAGGAGGUACACCUGCGUGCCCAGUUCCAGUGCACACUGGGAAGAAUGCAACCAGCUGCCUGCCUCCCGUUGCUGGCUUGCCCACCCCCCUCUCACGCUUCCUGAAAUCCUGUCCUGUCAGCUCAGGAGUGAGACUCCCUGGGGAGGAAAGCCUUUUACUGUUCUUGGAAGCCCAGGCUGCGUACCUUGGGGCAGGGGGAUAUGCUUGAAAACAGUCUCAUUCUUCGCACACACCCACCCCCCCAUCACUGUAUGGUACAAAACCUGAUUAAAGUGGCAUCUGAGAACUGUC